AUGGGGCCGGACAUGCUGCGGGAUAUCCAAGGCAAUGGGCGGGGCCACACCGUGGUGGGCACUUUGUUCGUGGAGAGCGGCUGGCAGACGCCAGGCGCAGAGCCCGCCAUGGCCAAGGUCAAAGAAGCUGACAUGGCAACAGAUUUGCACAAGCAGUUUCCCAAACUUUGCCAGGGCAUUGUCGCCGCCGUGGAUUUGGGGCUCGGUGCAGAAGUAGAGCCUGCAUUGGCCUACUAUCAGAAGAAUCCCAUGGUCAAAGCCAUCCGUCAUGGCGUCGCUUUCUCGGCAGACCCAGCCAUAUUCACGCCUCCUCAAGUCACGGAAGAUUUGGCCUACGACACCAAGUUCCGGGAGGGACUGGCCCUGCUAAAACAGUACGGCUUUGUCUACGAAACCUGGAACUAUCACGAGCAGCUAGAGGACAUCGCAGAUCUGGCCAAGACCUUUCCUGAGCAAACCAUUGUUUGUGACCACCUGGGCAUGCCUCUGGGCCUUGGUCACUGGAAGCGCGAGGAGGUUUUUCCGAACUGGCAAGUCCUGAUGGAAGAGCUUGCAAAGUGCCCCAACGUCUUCGUAAAGAUCGGGGGCCUGGGCCAGCGCUUCUUCGGCUUCGGCUUCGAUGAGCGGCUGUCGCCCCCCAGCAGCGAUGAGCUGGCGAUGGCCUGGCAGCCCUACGUGGAGCAUUGCAUCAAGGUCUUCGGCGUCGAUCGAUGCAUAAUGGAAUCCAACUUCCCCAUCGACAAAAUCAGCUGCAGCUACACUGUCUGCUUCAAUGCCUUGAAGAAGUGUGUGAGAAGCCUUUCGAAGGAAGAAAAGCACAAGCUUUUCGAACUUAAUGCGCGGCGCGCUUACGGCUUGUGA